AUGAAGUGCCACUUGUGCCGAGCCUAUCACACCAACCUCGACCUGCACAUGAAGCGACACCACCCUGAAGUGCAGCCGUUCGAAUGCGCCUCCUGCCGAGAGACGUUCUGGCUCAAGUACCUGCUGCGGCGCCACGUGUCCGAGCACCUCCGCAUUUUCUUCACGUGCCACCUGUGCGGCCUGGAGCUUCCGAAACGCUACUCGCUGCGCAAACACCUGCGGAAGGACCACGGCAUUCCGAAGGAAACGACCCUGGUGCACUGCGAGAUUUGCGGCCGCUCGUACAAAAGCAAGUUCAACCUGAACGUGCACGUCCGAAAACACACCGGCGAACGCCCUUUCAUCUGCUCGAUUUGCGGAAAUGCUUUCAUCUCCGACAAGACCCUGAAGGAGCACCAGAAGAUCCACGAGGAGCGCGUCAGGGCGUUCACGUGCGAGGUGUGCGGCAAGAGUUUCCCGAGCAGCACCAACCUGAUGAGUCACCGCAAAAUCCACUUCGCCGAGGCGCGCACCGAGAAGUGCCACUUGUGCGGCUGGAGCACCUACAGCAAGGCGCACCUCAAGAACCACAUGUUGACGCACACGGGCGAGAGGUCGGUGACCUGCGAGGAGUGCGGCAAGUCGUUCAUCCACAAGGCCAGUCUGCGGCACCACCGCGCCAUGAAGCACAACGCGGACAAGCAGCCGCAGAAGUGCGACAUCUGCGGCCUCGAGUGCAGCUCGGCCUUCAACCUUCGCAGACACGUCAUGAUGCACCAGGGCCUGAGGGCCUUCGAGUGCGACAUCUGCUCGCAGAACUUCGCCCAGAAGAGCACCCUUAUCAACCAUCAGUGGGUCAAGCACAAACUGCUGCACUACAAGUGCACCAUGUGCGGCGACGCGUUUAAACUGAAAAACGAGUUGAAGCAGCACAGCAUCGAGGCGCACUUCAAACAGAGCGACGAAGCGUCUGCAGACUGA